AUGGCGCCUUCGUAUCCUCGACAGAUCAUUCACUCACUGACUCCAACUCCCCAUCUCCCCAAAGACCCGCCCACCUCCUGGGGACCGAAAUCCAAGCGCGCCAGCGCCGUGGUGUUUGGCGAGCUUUUCGCAGUCACUUUUGCCAUCUUCGUGGUAGCAGUACUGUUGUGGAAGAUUGGCCAGUUCAUCCGUUCCUUCAACAAGCACAAGGUACUGCGCGAAGGGAAGCCUCCGACGGCUCGAUAUGCGCGCACAUGGUACGGCUGGGUGUCUCUGAACACCCACAAACGGAACAAAAGAGUCUUUCACCGAUGCUUUGCCCGACUCCGAGAGUGGACGGCGUGGAAGUCGACUAGGGCGGACUAUCGCUGGGUGUGGUGGGAUCCCGAUCGGAAGGAAAUGGAACGGCGUCGGCGCGAACGACGUUUUCUCGAAUGGCUGCCCGAAUGGUUUCAAAGCUAUGAUUAUAGCCCGGCUGACGGCUUCUGCUCUUCUCAACCCUUGUCCACUUGCCAUGGUGCAAGAAGGAAUCGCAAUGCAAUCUUGGGGUCUUCCAUCGUCGCUAGAUCCUUGAGAGGACUGCACCUUGCCAACUCGAGUCGAGAUCUGCGAUCUAGCCAUACUGUACCCCAGGGAGAAAGGCUGGCUUCAUUAUCUCAGGAGGUCUUCAGCGCACCUGCAGUAAGCGGUGAUUGCACAUUUGAUGAGGACAAGCAAUGCCACUUCUCGUGUCCGAGAGCAGUGGCCACUAAAGCUCGGCCAUUCACGGACAAUACCACUCUCUUCCAGUAUCCUCGGCCCUCUUUUCGCAACAUGGCUCUGUGGGCAUCUUCCCACGAGUAUAGAUCUAGCGGACAGCCAAGGCAGUUGUUUGCACAGAGCAAUAUCCUGCAACCGAGUCCGCCAGAUGGCUACCGACAAACAUGGAGAAAGUCUCAACAGGAUAAACAACCACUACAACUGUCACCCCCGUCACAGCAUCGACAUCUUCGCAAAUACCGGGUGUGGUCAGCGAGGAUGCAGAUGCAAACGGGAAGCCCUCGGCGGAACUGGGAUGGACCUUCAGGCCCUCCCGGAACCCCGAUUACUGAGUUGCUGCCCAGCUGUACGACGGAUCGAACUGUUGCCUCUCGUGCUUCGGGCCCAGUUCAAAGGAAAGAGUGUAGUGGGUAUCAGUGGGAGUCGUAUGACAAAGUAUUCCGAACCAUUGAGGACAUGCUCAUCCGACGACAUAUGCGGUUGCUGGCCAUCGACCCAGCGGGCUCUGAAACGAUGAAAUGGAAUUCAGCACCCGCACGAUUUCGCUUGUCAAAAGGCCCACUAUCCGGGGUUGCAAUGUCAGUAGAGCACCAGGAAUGGCAACCAAUGCGACCAUCGAAACGGGACGCGGAUAGCCACGUUAUUAGCGAGAUGAUGCGCGAUAACUUGCCCUACAACUCGAAAGUCUCCAAACGACCACGAGCCUUACCGACCCCGGAGAGAAAGGAAUGCAAGGAAGAUCUGUGUGACUGGGAAGUCCGGAUGAUGCACAGGUUGGAUCGAAAACUGGUAUGGCUUUUCAAUGAAUUGACCCCCGGCCAAAAACCCUAUCAUUUUGCGAUUCUCGCCAACCACUGGCUGAAUAGGGAAACAUGGCUGGUGACCGACCCGGUCUCGAGAGUUCCGAUAGAUGCGCGCCGCGAAUGGGGGGACCCUCGUUUCAACGUGCCCUACCCCAAUCCCACUUUCAGCCCCAAACCGAAGUACCCAGUUAUCCCGAGGAAACAAACUCGUAUUCCUCGCAUCGAGUCAUGGCGUGUGGCGGUCAACCAGCAAAGAAAGACGGCGGGCAUUAGAGAGGCAAUUCGCACUGUGGGCCUAUAUGAAGAGUCGGCGGAUGAGCCGCCAGACGGGCAUAUCGAUCCGGCCUGUUGGAUUUUGCGCAAACCUCCCCAGGGGUUUGAGAUAUCGACACGACAGAAAACUGCCUGGUACGAAGGGGGUGUGGGGUGGCAAGAGAAGCUAGACGACUGGCAGCAUGUCCGGCAUGGAUAUCUUAUGCACAAGUUAAUACACGGAGGCCGAGUCAAUCGGACAUGGUUCAAAGAGGUCGCGGCGCAAAUCAACAAGCCACUCCAGUUGAUUCAAGGCAAGGGGCCUGUACACCAGGUUAACCAGGAGAUUUGCUGA